ACAAAAGACCCAACUCAGCCAAAAAUAAAUAGAUAAAUAAAUAAAAUAUUAAAAAAAAUUUUUUUUAAGAAAAGAACCACUGUUGCAGGAAAUAGGACAUCUUUAAGACUAAAGAAAGAAAAAAUCCUUGCAGCAGCAGUAUGGAAAAUGGAUCCAAGGGGAGAGAUGACCAAGAGACUAGCAAGGUGGCUGUAAUGAUAAUUUAGGUGAGGGGAUGGGGCCUGAACCAAGGCAGCAUGAAGGGCAAUUUGGAAGAUAAUUCGAGAGAAAAGCAGAGGAGGCUUGGUGGCACUGAUCUUAUGGGGGCGGCUGUUAAUUGUGAAGGAGGCCCAGGUUUAGAGACCAGGGGAUUAUCACUUUAAAAAGCCACUCUAAAUUACUUUUCUAAUUACAAAAUUAAUUGAUUGUCUAAAAAACUCAACCCCCUACUUCCUGGAUCCUCCUGCGGGGAGGAGGGCUGGGUCAGAGAGGGCAGAAGUGAGUAAAUGAAGGGCUUUUCAAGCCAGAAACCGCUUGAGAUUUUCCACUUUCUUUACGCGAGGAAAGGAAACCUUAAGUUGUUCCCAGGUGGCCAAAACGAAGUCAUGGCCCCUGGGUCUGAUCGCCAGAGGAAUUUCCCUAAUGGCAGAUCCCUUGACAGGAUAAACUUUUCCAGAAUAAUCUGCAAUACAAAAUUAAGAGAUGCUCAAACACAUAUACAGAGAUAAAUAAAGAAUAAAAACAUAGAGACCGAAGCAAGCAUGUCAAGGUUCUUUACCUGCAAUUAACAACAAGCGUCAGGCGGCCCAGUUCACGGGGUAAAAGAGCAACUACCCGAUCUCUUUGCGUGCCUCUGCACCAAACCUGGCCCAGGCUUGCCUAUCGUCGGACACGGGACGGUCGCUAUACGGUCAGGGAGGCCUCCAGUACAGUCUCGGUUCCGCUGCCUUAAGGAUGACAGUCCUAGGCCACCCUGGAAGUUGGAGCUGCCGGUGGUUGCCACUCCUGCUGCUGCUGUUGCUGGGCACAGGUCGAGAUCCAGGGGUGGAAGGUGUGACACACUACAAGGCCGGCGACCCCGUCAUUCUGUAUGUCAACAAAGUGGGACCUUACCAUAACCCUCAGGAGACUUACCACUACUAUCAGCUUCCAGUCUGCUGUCCUGAGAAGAUACGCCACAAAAGCCUUAGCCUGGGUGAAGUGCUGGAUGGGGACCGGAUGGCUGAGUCUUUGUACGAGAUCCGCUUUCGGGAGAAUGUGGAGAAGAGAAUUCUGUGCCACAUGCAGCUCAGUUCCGCACAGGUGGAACAGCUGCGCCAGGCCAUUGAGGAACUAUACUACUUUGAAUUUGUGGUGGACGACUUGCCAAUCCGUGGCUUUGUGGGCUACAUGGAGGAGAGUGGCUUCCUGCCUCACAGCCACAAGAUAGGACUCUGGACCCAUUUGGACUUCCACCUAGAAUUCCACGGAGAUCGAAUUAUAUUUGCCAAUGUCUCAGUGCGGGACGUCAAGCCCCACAGUUUAGAUGGGUUACGACCGGAUGAGUUCCUAGGCCUCACCCACACCUACAGUGUGCGCUGGUCUGAGACUUCAGUCGAGCGUCGGAGUGACAGGCGCCGUGGUGACGAUGGUGGUUUCUUUCCCCGAACACUGGAAAUCCAUUGGUUGUCCAUCAUUAAUUCCAUGGUGCUUGUGUUUUUACUGGUGGGUUUUGUGGCUGUCAUUCUCAUGCGUGUGCUUCGAAAUGACCUGGCUCGGUACAACUUGGAUGAAGAGACAACCUCUGGAGGUUCUGGUGAUGACUUUGACCAAGGUGACAAUGGCUGGAAAAUUAUCCAUACAGAUGUCUUCCGCUUCCCUCCAUACCGUGGUCUGCUCUGUGCUGUGCUUGGUGUGGGUGCCCAGUUCCUGGCCCUUGGCACUGGCAUUAUUGUCAUGGCGCUGCUGGGCAUGUUCAAUGUGCACCGUCACGGGGCUAUUAACUCAGCAGCCAUCUUGUUGUAUGCCCUGACUUGCUGCAUCUCUGGCUAUGUGUCCAGCCACUUCUACCGGCAGAUUGGAGGCGAGCGUUGGGUGUGGAACAUCAUUCUCACCACCAGUCUCUUCUCUGUGCCUUUCUUCCUGACGUGGAGUGUGGUGAACUCCGUGCAUUGGGCCAAUGGUUCAACACAGGCUCUGCCAGCCACCACCAUCCUGCUGCUUCUGACGGUUUGGCUGCUGGUGGGCUUUCCCCUCACUGUCAUUGGAGGUAUCUUCGGGAAGAACAACGCUAGCCCCUUUGAUGCACCUUGUCGCACCAAGAACAUAGCUCGGGAAAUCCCACCCCAGCCCUGGUACAAGUCUUCUCUCGUCCACAUGACUGUUGGAGGCUUCCUGCCUUUCAGUGCCAUCUCUGUGGAGCUGUACUACAUCUUUGCCACAGUCUGGGGUCGGGAGCAGUACACUUUGUACGGCAUCCUCUUCUUCGUCUUCGCCAUCCUGCUGAGCGUGGGGGCUUGCAUCUCCAUCGCACUCACCUACUUCCAGUUGUCUGGGGAGGAUUACCGCUGGUGGUGGCGAUCUGUGCUGAGUGUUGGCUCCACUGGCCUCUUCAUUUUCUUCUACUCAGUUUUCUACUAUGCCCGGCGCUCCAACAUGUCAGGGGUGGUACAGACAGUAGAGUUCUUUGGCUACUCCUUACUCACUGGAUAUGUCUUCUUCCUCAUGCUGGGCACCAUCUCCUUUUUUUCUUCCCUAAAGUUCAUCCGUUAUAUCUAUGUUAACCUCAAGAUGGACUGAGUUUUGGGUGGCAAAACUAUCACUCUUCUUUCCCUUUCUUCAUGCCCUACUGAUCUCUUACCAACAUCUCUUCUGAUUGAGUGACUGAGUUGUGUGAUGGUUUUGUUGCCUUCCCCUUUGCCCUUUGGGCCUCCCUUCUACAGAGAGGUCCCGGAAAUUAUAAGCCUCUAUUAUAUAAGGAGUAUAUAUUUGAACUUUUUAAGUUGCCUUUUUUUGGUCCUGAUUUUUCUUUUUACAAUACCAAAAUAAAAUUUAUUAAGAAAAAGGG